UGAUGAUCGAGCAACAGUGAUGGGUGAUGUCGGGUUGUGCCUCACUUACAGACAGACAGCUACUCCAAUAGUAUUGCUAAGCAGUGCGUGUCGUAUAUGCAAGACAAGAGAAUAAUCUCUAGACCUCCCAUAAAGAAGUCCUGAACACGGAAGGAACUUAUCCCAAGCAACACAAGAUACUAUUUGUCUUUUUCUGGUUUCACACCAUGAUGUUUCGACUUGCGCCAAUUUUUGUGGCAUUGCUCCAAUGCUUGCAUCAUGCUCAAGCGUUUCAGCCUCUGUCAAGCCCAAGAAUUUCUUCUACAAGAAUCGCAGUGACAUCUCAAGAACCCACAACAGCUGAUCCAGUCCAAACGAAUACUGAGAAUGAGGAAAUUGUUCCUUAUGCCGUUGCCCGAGGAGAUGGAAUGACUGGAGGAGGAGGGCUGUCAAUGCCCCAUGUUUCAGAAGAAGAAGACGAUGGUCUGAGGCGACCUAAAGUGGGCGCUGAAAUGCCCCUAGGAAGACCCGACUGGUUCCGAGUGCCUGGACCCUCUCAAGCCAAGGAUUCAAAAUACCAAGAGGUGAAGAGAUCUCUGUCGGAUCUGAAUUUGAAUACUGUCUGCGAAGAAGCUCAGUGUCCCAAUGCGGGAGAAUGUUGGGGAGGAAGUCACGGCACUGCCACAGCAACAAUCAUGCUUCUAGGAGAUACGUGUACCCGUGGAUGCAUGUUCUGUGCGGUCAACACGGAUUCCAAGCCACCACCACCAGAUCCGUUUGAACCUUUCAAGACGGCCGAGGCAGUCAAUAAAUGGGGUGUGGAUUAUAUAGUUCUGACUUCUGUCGACCGUGAUGACAUUCCUGACGGUGGCGCACAGCACUUUGCGCACACGGUGGAACUUUUGAAGCACGGUAGACCCGAGCUGUUGGUAGAAUGUCUGGUGUCUGAUUUCCAAGGAGACUUGAGUUCUGUGGAAACCCUGGCAAAAUCUGGUUUGGAUGUCUAUGCUCACAACAUGGAAACGGUGGAACGUCUUCAAAAGUUUGUGCGGGACCCUCGAGCGGGAUACAAACAGAGUUUGUCCACAUUAGAGCAUGCGAAAAAGGCGCACCCCCAGCUUUACACAAAGACAAGCCUGAUGCUUGGCUUGGGAGAAACGGAUGAGGAAGUGAUUCAAACUAUGAAAGAUUUGCGAGCCAUUGACGUGGAUGUUGUCACGUUCGGGCAGUACCUGAGACCCACCGAACAACACUUGGCCGUUGUAGAAUACGUUAAGCCCGAAAAGUUUGACGAAUUCCGUGUGAUUGGGGAAAAGAUGGGUUUCAAGUAUGUCGCCAGUGGUCCCUUGGUUCGAUCUUCCUACAAAGCUGGUGAAUUCUACCUAGAACACAUGAUCAAGUCAGAACGACAAUCCACAGAAGAAGUUGCCGCUCCUGAAAACUAACCAGAAAGAUGUAGCGCUUCUGGAGAAACAGAACAAGCACUUGCUCACGGGCAUUGACAGCAAGACGAAUAAAAACAAUAGAUUUGUAUAUAUGAUUGAACAAGACGCACUGCCUUCACUGCCCAUCUGGCCAAGACUACACUGUAGUGAGUUCCCCUAAUCAAGCCUUAGGAUCUCUAUCAAGAGGACGAAAGGAAGCAUACG